AUGGCAGUGGAUGUCACAAAGGUAGAAACAGAAAGAGAAUCCCCGCCAUUCGGGACGUGCGAAAAGGUGGACAAGAAGAGACACGAGAGCAUCAGUUUCUACGCCGACCGUUACUCUUACUCGGACACGGCGUGCCAGAAGAGCUGCCUGCAGGUCACCACCAUCAAAAGGUGCGGCUGUUGCUUCGUAGACUUCCCCUGCAACCCUCUCAACAAGACGCACGUUUUCGACAACUUGGACUUGGGGCCCAAAGUACAUUUCUGCAACACAACCGAGUACCAGGCGUGUCUGUAUGAGCUGGAUACUUCGAGGGCCUCCAAGUUUCUAGCUGAAUGUUAUGAACGAUGUCCUCCGGCGUGUUCCGACAUCAACUACGACAUCACUUUGUCCAUGGCCUUGUGGCCUAGCGAAAACAGGAAAGACCAGUACCUCCAGUCUUUUGAUAACAGGCACAAUGCCACAGGGAGCCAAGAGCAGUUCCAGGCCUUGCGCCAAAACCUUUUGCUACUCUCAGUCUACCCGGAGACGCUGAAAGUGGACAAAUACGUGACGAACGCCAAGUACGACUGGAGCAUUCUGCUGUCCAACUUCGGCGGCCAACUCGGACUUUGCAUAGGGUUUUCCAUCCUGACCGCUCUGGAAAUAUUCGAGCUGAUCUUCGACAUUUUCACGCAUCUGGUUUUCUUCUUUUUUCCUCGCAUCCAGUCCAAAGUCAGAGUGAAAGUGAGCGACGGCAACAGUAGAGAGAAUCCUGGACGGAGUAACACGACAAGCUCUGGACAACCAUAG